AUGGUAGUCUAUCACACAGCCCAGCUCUCCGAAGGCACAGAAACUUCACAACCCGCACAGCUCUCCGAAGGCACAGAAACUUCCCAACCCGCACUGCUCACCGAAGAAAUACACAUCAAAGAAGAAAUCCAUAUAGAGUACUCCGAUGACUCCAGCGAUGAAUAUUUAGAAGUACCCGUUGAAAGUGAGUCCGGGCAGUCGAAGAAAAAGAGGAAAUGGAUCCGGGACAAGAGCGAAGGUGAAACGGAGUACAAACAGUUAUGCAGAGAGAGCGAUGAGAUAUUUUAUGAACAUAUGAACAUGUCUAAGGCGUCUUUUGAAGAGUUACAUAGUAUGGUGGAGCUGCUGAUUGAGAAGACAGAUACGAAUUUUAGAAAAUGCAUAUCGACGCGGGAGAGACUCGCGAUAUGCUUGAGACACCUCCGCUCCGGGCUAUCUUUCAAAGAUCUCUCGGACAAAUACAGGGUGGGCCGGACCACGGUGUCCGCCAUCGUCAAGGACGUCUCGCGCGCCCUCUGGGGCACGUUACAGCCCGUCUACAUGCCCGCGCCAAGAGAGCAUACAUGGAGGCAAGCGGAGGCAGACUUCAAAGAAAUCUGCAAAUUUCCUAAUUGUGUAGGCAGCGUAGGAGGACGACAUAUCAUCGCCAAGCAGUUGUCAGAAGACAAAAGAUACAAAACAACAUCUCAGACUGAAGAAUACCCUAGAGUUUCAGACAAAAAUUGUCUUAGAAGAUUUGUAACCAUCGCCCUUCUAGCUGUCACCGAUCCGUAUAACAAAAUCCUCGCGUUAGACAUAGGAAACUAUGCAAAAGACGGACAUAUUAAUAUAUUAGAAAACUCCAAGUUUUUUGGGAAAUAUAUGGAGAAAAAAGACUUUCUACCAUGGACCCCGCUGCCUGGUCAAACCGAGCCGUGCCCGUAUGUCCUUUUAAGCGAUGGAGCGUUCACUAUUCGACAUAAUUUGUUAAGAGUCUUCCCGAAGACUCAAGGUUUCACUCCGCAGAAAAAAAUAUUCAACCAGUAUCUUGAGAAAGCUUGUACUGUGGAUAAAACCUUUGAAAUGCUCAUGAAAUCAUGGACGAUUCUGCUCGGUCCUAUGGAGACUCAGAUAGACGCAGCUGUCGCUAUGCUCAAAGCGAUAUGCUGCUUACACAAUUUUGUUUUAGCGAAGCAUGGUAAAACACUUCCUUAUGGAACACCGAAGAAAAUUGUUAAAGGUGGAGCGAAGAAAUUAAACGCUUUGAAACUGUUCAAACCGACUAAUCAUAGGGCUUCUAAUGUAGCUGUGGCUGUUCGAGACAGAUUUUUGGCUUAUUUCAGCCAUUUGGAACCUAUUGAUCUUACAGAUGAUCCAAUCGAAGAGUUAGAUCCAAGUGGAUUGACAGAAGCAUCAUUUAAUGAUCCAAAUGAAUCAAUAACAGAUGACUUCAGUCAAAUGACAGAGAAAACAAGUGUUGAUAAUACAGAUAAAAUAGAAGAGUCAGAUCCAAGUGAAUCGACAGAGGCAGUCACAUCAUUUACUGGUCCAAAUGAAUCAAUAACAGAUCAUUUCAAGAGUCAAAUAACUCCAGAUAAGUCAAAAUCUGUUGAAAAUAUUAAUAAGACAUCAGAUUCAGUAGAAAUGACUGACGUCUCUUUUGAUAUUAAAAUAGAACCAGUGAAUGAGCCAAAUGAUUCAGCGACAGUGGAAUCAUUAAAUAAACCAAAAAAUGAUUCAGUUAGAGUGGAAUCAUUUAAUGAACCAAAUAACGAUGGAAAGGAAUCACAGGAGAGAAAGCAUGAUGAUGAUGAUGAUGAUUUUGAGUCUAUGAAUGUUCUUAUACAUUCUGUUGGUGCUAGUAAAUCAUUUGAUGAUGUAUUAUAAUUAUUGUUAUGAAUCAGUUAAAUGAAGCUGAAUAUUGC